UCUCGCGAGUCGCUCUCGCGCGAAUUCCGCUUUCGCCGGCGCUCCUGCGAUUCUUCUCUGGAAUUGACCGGUGGUUUCACAGAUUCCCACGUCCUUCUCUCCUCGGAAGAAGAUGAGGGCCGCGCACAAAAGGCACACUCUCGAAAUCGAUUCCGGUCUCGAUCAGCGUGGAUCGGUCCCGGUGGCAGACUCGCGACGCGCGCGCGAGGACGCGUCGCAGGCGAUCGCGGGCGAUCUACGGGAUCGUGGAUGUUGGGACCGCUCGGCGCGACUCUCGAGCGUGUGUGCGUAAUCGCAGCGAUAUAAGACGGCCGCGAUGCGGUUUCACGGAUGCAGGGAGAAGGGGGUUACAUCAGAGAAUACACGAAGAGUCCACGCUCGGCUUGGUUCGGUUGGUUGUUCACGAUGACGACGACGACAACGACGACGACGACGAUGACACGACGCGCGAGAACGCGCCGCGCCGAGGCACCGCUUCGACUCUGCUUCGAUUCGCAAGUGCCGACGACGGGACCGACGAAUGGCUGUCCAGAUCUAGCUGGGUACCACGACGAAGCUGGCCCGACUCGACGCGAGAGACCAUGGCGUGUAUGCACGAGGCAAGGCGGAUCCGACAGCACAAACCGGCACGAAGGAACGGCUUCGACGGCGCGGAGCGUGAGCGAGAGGGGCCCGACGGGGCCUAAUCUGACCGGAGGGACUCCUAUGCUUCCUUCGUGCUAACUCUCUCUUGGCGAAAGGUGGCCGCCGAACUGCGGCCGAGAUUUUCCUUGCCGACCAUGCCUUUAACAUUAACAAUAAUAGUUUUACAAUAAUAUUAAUUUAUA